AUGGCAUACAGAAUAAGGAUUCAGGUGUGCUUGAUUCAAGGAGAAGCAGGGAAUGGUAAGAAACUUGAGUAUGUCAUUAAACCUUUCAACAUCUCUGGUGAUACAGUAGAACCCGCAUCACUAAAACUCUAUUCUCCAUUAUCCGACCAAGAAGAGAAAGAACCCUCCUCGAAUAUGAAACUCCAAACUUCAGAAUAG